CCCUGUUUUCCCAGAAGGUGUCUCAUUUGACAGAUGUGAAUGCAUCGGUCUUAUUCUCCAACUGGAUCGGAUUCGAGUUAGACAUUAGAACAGGAUGAAAAGCUGCAAACUAAGUAGAUUUUGUCUCUUAAUGCAUCUUCAUUAUUUUGCAGGGGCAUUAUACAUCCGUUAGUGAUGAGGUACAGGAAUAAACAUGUAGCCCUGGGAAUAACUAUUGGAGGGGGCCUCCCUAACAUCUUAUACCAUUUCUUGAAUGCAGACUUCAUUGGAAAUGCUGCUUUCCAUGACAAUUUUCUGUAUGACCCUCGAUUCAUUGUUGGUGUACUUGUCUAUGCAGUUGGGUACAUUAUCAACCGCUGGGCUGACUUCAAACUGCGAUCACUGCGUAAACCAAAGUCUGAAGAUGGAGAGUCUGGUUAUGUUAUUCCUCAUGGUGGUCUAUUCGAGUACAUAACAUGCCCAAACUAUUUUGGUGAGCUUGUGGAGUGGCUGGGCUGGACGUUGGCCACAUGGUCUCUGGCAGGGCUGGUGUGGACCCUGUUUUCUGCCGCCACUUUUGUUCCACGCUCCAGGCACAAUCAUGAAUGGUACAGACAGCGGUUUGAGAAUUAUCCAUCCAGACGAAAAGCAUUGAUUCCAUGUAUAUUUUAGUAUGUUCACUCAUUAAAACGAUCACGUUAAUGUCAAACUCUAUUGUGAUAGUGUACCCCCCACUUAAAAUGUUAUGUACUGUGAUAUACAUUUAUUGCAUUUUGUUGAAGAUCCAAUAAAACAGUUUAAUUUUUUA